AUGGCGCCCCCAGUACAGUCAUGGCUGCACCGGCGACUACGCUGGCUUCGCUACUUCUUAACGGCUCUUGAUUCCCAAAAUGACGACCAGCAACCGCUCCUUCAGCAAACAACAUCAUCAGGAAGUAAAUCAAGCGUCAGUUGCCCACCAGAUUUUACCUCCUCUCCUUACCGAGCCGAAAAGAAGCCUGGGAUCACGACGCCGUCCCCAUCGAAUCAACUUGAAGAGGAUAUGAAUGAACCCCCACUCCCUUUCUUUUAUUGCAGGGCAUGCAAGCAAGCCAGAUUGUCCAAUGAGUACAACGAACGAGUUGCAAGGCUGAUUGACCGCUUAUAUUGCGCUGGCUGCCAAACCCAACACCCGGCCAUACUUUUUUCUCACUCUUAUCGCAACGCUGAGCCGUCAACUAGACUCUGUAUUGGCCACCAGGGUCAUUACGCCGUCUGCUGUCACUUAAAGCUCAGCCUGUCAGACAUUGAGGCGUGGAAAGCUGCGAACCAGGAAAUAAAACUCAGCUGCCCGCUGAGUACAUGUCCGUGUACUAACGUGACCGUCACCUAUGACCCUGGAUGGUUUGAUGAUCCAAAUUUGAAUCAUGUCUGGGUCAAGUGGAGAGCACCCAUCCAGCAUACAUUGCCUGGGAACACCUUUUGGGAUCGCAGUAUCUCGAAAGCCGCACAGUUAUAUGGGUCUUGCCCAUACCUAUUCUGUGCUGCACUUCAGGUCACGCCUGGCCGCCUUUUUCGAUUGGGGUAUUUCAAAGACGAUACCUUCGGAGAUGGCAGAAAAAACCGCAAAUGUCUAAAGAUUAAUGGAUCCUUCUUUAAGUGCGACUUACAGAACGAAAUCAUCGAAUCAUCCCGCUGUAUACCUCAAGGCAAAGAUCCACGAACACUAUUGCCAAGAGAUUGGAUCGAAAACCUUGACCCAGAAAGUUAUGGCCACUUUACGGACCCAGAGACGAAGCAUAUAACAUGGUGCAGUGAUCGGUCCUGUGCUACGACACUUGAAUACGAUCUCCCAAUACCUACUGCAGGUGCCGUCGCUCCUGUCAUCCUGGCAAAUGAAGACAACCAAGGGAAGGGGCCUUUCACUCAUUGUAUCUCUGCUGGCUGUCUGCAUCCCUUGCCUACCAUGGAUUUCAAAACAGCCUUUGGUACAUUGCUCCCUAUCAAUACACACGAAGCGAUGGCAACCGGGCCCAUAACCAAAGGGCCAAGCUCUGAAUCUUCAACCAUGAAGGGAGAAUAA